AUGCCGUCCCAAAAGGAUCCUCGUCCCAAUAUUCUCGUCAUCGUUGCCGACGACCUCGGCUUUACCGACCCAGGAUGCUUUGGAGGCGAGAUCAACACGCCUAAUAUCGACAAGCUAGGCAAUAGUGGUGUACGCUUCAGCGACUUCCAAGCCUCCCCUGCUUGCUCGCCCUCGCGCUCUAUGCUCAUGACAGGGACGAGCGCGCAUCUGGCGGGUCUCGGUACCAUCCCCGAGUUCCACCAGGGGAAGUACCAGAUCCCGGAACUCAAGGACCAGCCAGGCUACCUGGGCCAUCUCAGUAAUAAUGUUGUCACAAUCCCAGAACUCCUUCGCGAUGCAGGUUAUUACAAUAUCAUGGCUGGCAAGUGGCACCUAGGGUCGACGAAAGAGCAUUCUCCAAAGGCCCGCGGUUUCGAAAAGUCCUUCACCAUGCUUCUCGGCGGCGGUAACCAUCACGGUUGGCAGCCUGAGCUCAUGCCCGAGGACUAUCCAUUCGCGGCGCUACUCCGUGGCGGCGUCACGGGCAUGUAUCUCGACGAGAAUGAGUGGGUGGAUGAGCUCCCCAGUGAUUACUUCUCAUCCGACUAUUUUACGACCCGUCUCCUCACCUACCUCGAAGAGAAACCGGCGGAAAAGCCCUUCUUUGCAUAUCUUCCUUUUCAGGCGCCUCACUUUCCGCUGCAGGCGCCCAGGGAGUAUAUCGAUCGAUACAAAGGACGGUACGAUGAGGGACCGGAACGUGUCCGGGAGCAGCGUAUUGAGAGGCUGCGAGAUCUAGGCUUCAUCCUCGAGACAUGA